GGGGGCGGGCCGACCGCUCGCGAGGUGUGGGCGGGAAGCUGGAGGUGCCGCGCUGCCGGCAUGGGUCCGCCGCGGCUGCUGCUGCUGCUGGGAUGCCUGGCGCCGCUCCUGUCGCCUCCCGGCGCCGCCGAGUUCAGCCCGUCCCUGGACAGCGACUUCACCUUCACGCUGCCGGCCGGCCGGAAGGAGUGCUUCUACCAGCCUAUGCGCAAGGAGGCCUCGCUGGAGCUCGAGUACCAGGUUCUAGAUGGAGCAGGAUUAGAUGUUGAUUUUCAUCUACUUUCUCCAAAAGGUGAAACUUUAGUUUUUGAUGAAAGAAAAUCAGAUGGAGUUCAUACGGUGGAGACAGAAGAGGGGGAUUACAUGUUCUGCUUUGACAAUACAUUCAGCACCAUUUCUGAAAAGGUGAUUUUCUUUGAACUGAUCCUGGACAAUAUGGGGGAAGAAGGACAAGAUCAAGAGGACUGGAAGAAGUAUGUUACAGGCACAGAUCUUCUGGAUAUGAAACUGGAAGACAUUCUGGAAUCCAUCAACAGUGUCAAAGCCAGAUUGAGCAAAAGCGUCCAGAUCCAGACCCUGCUCAGAGCAUUUGAAGCUCGUGACCGAAAUAUACAAGAAAGCAACUUUGACAGAGUGAAUUUCUGGUCCAUGGUCAACUUAGGAGUAAUGGUGGUGGUAUCAGCUGUUCAGGUUUACAUGCUGAAAAGUCUCUUUGAAGAUAAGAGGAAAAGUAGAACUUAACAUUCAGUACGAUUGUAACAGUGUAACAUGGUAGGGGAGGGCAAGAAACUGCUCCAUGUAAGGAAAAAAAAAAAGUAAGAGAAAUCUCUUUGAAGAGUCCUUUGAACAAGCAGUAGCCACAUCAGGUUUUCAAAUCUUAUGUUUUUUAAGAUGAACAGAAUGCCUGGUCCCAAGUUCUUCCAUUUUUUUUUUGCAGCUGCUAUUAACACUUCUUAUGCUUAUAGCAUCUGUUAAUGAUUGUUACUGACUAGCUUAUGAACAGUGCACAGGACGUUUGGUACAUAUGAAAAGUAUUGUUAAUGUUGUUGGGUUUUUUUCCAUGUUCACAUAAAAUUUUAAAUGGUAACUUCAGAUCUGAGUUUGUUUGCUGGUUAACAUCAAGCAAAUUUACACGUGCCUAACAGUUUACAGGACUAUAGCCCACAAGAGUAGUCUGGUGACAGUCACUUAUUUUCAAAGUUACAUGUUUGAAAAAAAACUUCAGCUUGUAGGGUACAGCGUCACAUAGAAACACUGGGCUAACAUUGGGAGAACAAAAUGAGAUUUUAUUUUAGUAUAUAGAUGAUUAACAUCAGCACUUUAAAAGAAGCACUGUCAAUGUGAAAGUGAUGUUGAAGGGAACUGGAGAAAAUAAGUGAUUUCUGUUGAAAAAGUCUUCUAUAAUUGUACAGCCCUAUUUCUUUUUGUCUGUUACAUGAGAUUCAAGAGACAACUAUAUCGUAUACAGAUAAAAGCACACACACCUGGAAGUGUGAGUUAUGAACUUCUACAUAAUUGUAAUCUCCUGUAAUAGUAUUUUUUCAAGUAAUUUCAGAUGUCAUUUCUUUUCCCUUUAAUGAAGGGAUCAUGGUAUGUGAAAACGAACCUUUUUUUUUUAAGCCUCAAAAUCCCUUUUAUUUGCCAAUGCAUUUUUUAUUUGUGUUUGUCUACUACAUGUCUAUGGCUAAUUCAGCAGUUAAUCAGGUGAUUUACAUAGGCAUCAAAAAACAAAGCUGUUCAAUUAAGCUUUCUCCUCUUGCUUACCGUAACAACUUUUACAUACGUGAGUACGCUCAAUCAAGUAAGCAGUGUUUACGUAUCCAGCUGUUUGUAUAAAUAAGACGUUAAGUGAGCAAUAAAUACAGAAUUCAAAUUUCUGAUGGCUGUAGUUUCCAGAUAAAACUGUUUUAACAGUGUAGUAAGAUUAUGGAGUAUUUUUGCAAAAAAAAAAAACCUGGUGUGUGACAGUUAACUAGUUUUAAACAGAGUUCAAACUUAGAAGUUCAAACCUGUUCAUUUUUACAGCAUGCCAAGUCACUGAACUCCUGUAUAAAUGUGUUCAAGACAGCAUAUGUAUUAGCAUUGUGCCUGUUCUUGGUUCUAGGCAUGAACAGCAGGAUUGCAAUUCUAAGACUUCCUGUGUAUAAAAGUAAUUUAAUGGAGAAAAUACAGGGUCACUGGACAAAGAAACACUUGCUUCAGAUGAAGCAGAUGCCAGUAAGGGCUACAGUACAUAGAAAUGCCACUUCAACUUUAGACAGUGGGACCUAGCAAUAAUAUCUCUAAUUUUUAUCACUAGAACUAUUGUUCCAUUCAGAACUUGUUCUAGAGAACUCCAAAGGCCAUUGAGCUACCUUUUUCUUCCGUGUCGAAAAUAAGAGCGUUUCUCUUCACAUGCUGCAUAUCUUCUCUUUCCCCAUAAUGCUGUGAAUUAGAAAAUUUAUUCCUGCCAUCAAAAUGAAGUCUAAGAAAUGUUAAUUCUUUCUGAUGAAGUAGCAAGUAGUAUCGUACUGCCAUUUCCCCAUGCAUCUCCCACCACCAAUACAUACGUGUAGCUGCAUUAGGACGUAAGCCAAAACUCAUUGGAGUCAACUUCCGAGCUAUUGAUCAGGUCCCAUCAGGGCAAGAGAAUAAAGAUUUUUAGGGGUCUGUCCCUUUUGCUUAAAGAAUCUUCAUUUGCAUCACAGCAUGAUGCUACAAACCACCUACAAAAUGCUGAACCAGCUCAGUGAAGCUCUAACCAAGACAUCUACCUCUUACAUCAAAGCUACUGGAUUCCAGCUUUCAGCUUAGACCUCCAACAGAUAAGCUCUGCCACAUUUUGCAGACACCUCAAUGGAUUAGGUUCCCCAGCAACUCUGCUGUGCCUCUCUGAUAGAGGUUAUAUAUCCAUUAGCAAAACAGGCCAUGUGUUGGCAUAUCAUUUAUCUUUGUUCAGUCUGGUUUAUUGCCUUAAGCUGCUCAUGAACGAAGAUCUCUCUGAUAAGGCAAAAUUGAACUUCAACAGUUUCUCUUAAUGUAGACAGCAGUCUCUGGUAGAAGGAAAAUACAACUGUCAGCAGAGUUGAUAUGAAAUUAUUUUGUAACAAAGAAAGCUUACUGUAUUUUCUCCCUCUUCAGGGCUUGCUGUAGAAAACUAUACAGCAAAAAGCUGUAACUGCUUUGAUAGUGGCAGCUGGAAAAUGUGUAUUAUAGGUGAAGGAUCUGGCAUUUAAACUUGUCAUUGAAUAACAUUUCAUUUGGAUUUUGAGAAGUAGAUUGCUUUUGACUGUAUAAAAUUUAGAAAGAACAUGUAUCUAUAAUGUUUUUCUUAAUGGUAUUUGUAUUCAGAAUUAAACAUUUUAAGACUAGCGGAUGUUGAAUAAAAUUAUGCAAACCCCUGAGAUUUUCAAUAAAUGACAUUUAAACCUG